GAUGCCUUUUACAUGUGCGCCUUUAUUACCAGAUUUGAAAGAUGUUACCCACAAGGCGACGGAAUAUCAAGUCAAUAUAAUCUUCUAGAAAGUCAUAUACUACGUGUGACUGUUUGGAUAGUGGCCAUCUUGGCCUGUUUUGGAAACCUCGCAGUGCUUCUUGGACGCUUCUUUAUCCGUGAAGACAACCAGAUUCAUUCCUUUUUUAUUAAAAAUUUAUCGUUUGCGGAUCUUGUUAUGGGGAUGUAUUUAAUAGUAAUUGGUACACAUGAUAUGCGAUAUAGAGGUCGCUACUUAUUUUAUGACUAUAAAUGGAGAAAUAGCUGGGGAUGUGACGUCAGUGGGAUGUUGAGCACAAUAAGUAGUGAGGUGUCCGUUUUAACAUUAACUUUAAUAACACUAGAUCGUUAUAUGUGUAUUACGUACCCACUUUCGCUAAGAAAAAGGAACAUACGCCUGGCUUAUUCUGUGAUGGCGCUCAUAUGGACUUUGAGUCUCGCUUUGGCAGUACUUCCGGUGAUGGGUUUUACAUAUUUUGGCAACUAUUUUUACCGGAACAAUGCCGUGUGUAUACCUUUAUUAUUACACGAACCGUGGAGUAGAGGUUGGGAAUAUUCAGCUUUCAUGUUUCUCGGUUUAAAUUUUGUGUCUUUCACUUUUAUAACGUAUGCGUAUUGCUCAAUGUUCGCAUCAAUUCGUCAGUCUAGGAUGUUGUUUCGUAGUACACACGAUGAACAAGAGAGAAGCUUGAUGAAACGAUUCUCCCUCAUUGUUUUAACAGAUUUCAUCUGCUGGAUGCCUAUCAUUUGUUUAAAGGUGGCUGCUUUUGUGGGUUUGGAUAUAGGUGGUAACUUGUACAGCUGGGUUGUGAUAUUUAUAUUACCAGUGAAUAGUGCCCUUAAUCCUUUAUUAUAUACAUUAACAACUAAACUAUUUAAACAAACAUUCUGUCGACAU